GGCGAUUAUUUACUGCAAAAUCACCACUUUCGGCCAGAAUUUCACUUCGACACGGUACUGAGAUCUUUUCGCUAGCCGAUAGUAACGAAACUUUGCAGAAAAACACCAUAAAACACAAAAACUUACUGGAAAUUAUCCGCGGAACGAUGAAAAUGUGUUCAUCAAACAACACAAGUUACCGGAAAAGAACAACUUUGGGAGUUUGACACAUCAGUUUCCGCUCGGAUGACAGCUGACGAAGCGUCGCCUCAAAAGUGUUCAUUUCGGUGAACUUUCCCACAAUCAUAACCGGGCGCAUUUCAUGUUCGAAAACGGUGGUUCACUCUCCAGCGAAUCAGCGCUGCCAAACCGCGUUGUCUAGCAACGGUACAGUUUGUUUAAAAAUCCAAAAAGUUUUGUUUCAAACUUGUACUUUAGAUAGUUUCUUUUAAAAACAUUUUCCAGGAGAAAUGGAAGACGAAGACUUCGUAGAAGUGGAAAAACCUUCGGCAAAGUCACGACCGGCCUUGCCGCACCUGUUGGGAGUUGUAUCGCACGCAGUAAUCGACGAUAAAUCGCACAGUUUGAUAGAGGACUUGGCCAAGCGGAAGAAGCACAUCAAACCGAUUUCGGAAAACUAUUGUGAUGACAAGGAAAGCAUCCGUCGUCGGUUAAACGAAAGCGAUCGUGUUAUAUCGGAGUUACUUCGAGACGGUCGUGAACUGAUUCAGGACAUCCGCGUAGCUAACGACAAACGAGAAGUUGAAAGGCGUGUCAAAGAAGCGGAAAUCAGAGAGGAACUUUUGGAGAAACUGCAAACUGAAUCGGCAGAGGCGGUUGCCAGGUUUGAAUCAAUUUCGGAAAAAUGGGCUGAAUUAAAGGAGCUAAAGGACCCGAUGGGCGUCAACGACGAGCUGCAGCUACAGAAAGAUCGAAUCCACGAUUUGAUGAAACAAAAGGAUAUCAUAAUUGACGAGUGUCGGCAGGAGCUUAAACUCGCUGAUGAACGGUAUACUAGAGACUUGCUGAAACAGACUACUGACAUACACAGUCUGGUGGAACGCGUUGAUAGUCAGAUUGAAAUAAUGAAACGAACAUUCAAGGAACAUUUAGAUCUGUUGGAAAAUACUAUCGAUGAAGAACGUCAUAUAUUAAGAAUGGCCGCUUCUAAAAAAUGGGACGAUCUUUACUCUCGUCGUGCCGUCAAUGAACGAAUCAAAAUGAAACAAGAAAAAGAAAGGCUUGAGUUCUACCGAGAUGAAAUAGAUCGUAUAGAACAAGAGCACAUUGAAGUGACCAGAGCAACGCGAAUAAGGCUGGAACAGGAUAACCAAGCUUUGGAGAUUGAGCUCCAAAAAGUUAAAACAAACACAACAUUAAACUCGGAGAAGCUGGAUUACAACUUUCAAGUCCUGAAGAAACGCGAAGAUGAGAACCUCAUGGUGCGAAAUGCACAAAAGCGCAGGUUAACGAAACUUAACGAGACCAUAUUUGUUUUGAGAAGAAAGAUUAAGGAUGUCCAAAUGAAUUGCUUGAUUGAGACGGAGAAGCUAUCAUCCGAUAUUAUGAAGUUACGAUUCAACAUCAGUCACAUGAAUACAAAGGUUAAUACUUUCGCCGAAGUUAAUGAUAAGAAAUAUCAUUCGGUAUGGCAAAUGAAUAAGAACGAGUGUUCUGAUGUUUUGAAAAGUAUCCUGGAAAUAGAUAAAAUGCUAGUUGAACAGCAUUUAGGAUUGAAGUGGGAAGGUCCAUCCCUACCAGAUGAUCAUGCUCAUAAACUGCCGGAGAAGAUGGGUUCUUUUGGAAGCGAUAGUACGCUUGUGCAUUCUCAAGUGAGCACUUCAUUAAUGACUUUCGAAGACAAAAACGAACGUACGCAAAUGUUACAUAUUUUGCAAAUUGUACUGAGGCAGGCUGGAUUUCUCGUCGACAAAACUGCUAUCAAGUUGAUUGAAGAACACACAGAAGACGAGCAAAAUCUCGUCUGUUUGGAUAAUGUUUUCAAUGCAUUAGGAAUUUCAAAAUGGGAUGACGUACGGAAAUUGAAGGAAAAGUUUGAAGAAGUUAUGAAAACGCAUUGUCAGUCUCCGAGCGAUUCGUUUACAAAAUCAGAGGAAUCAGCAUCAGUACUGAGCGACGAAGCAGAUGAAAACAUUAAGGCUAUAACCGAUGCAGAUGUGAGUGAUUCAGAAAUGAGUUCAAUGUUGGUACCAUCCGAAAAGUUACGAACUUUGAAGACUUUUUCACAACAGUUGGCCAGUGCUGAUAAAACGGCUCCUCCACCUAGCUACGGUGGUUUAUCGAGAAAGAUUUCAGUUAAAGAAGUAAAAGAUUACUGGACUAAUUUUAAAAAUCUAUUUACACCGGAUAGGGUAAAGGUGUGGAACACAAUGGAAGAUAAUUUAACACAGUAUCUGAAGAUUUUGAAGGAACGUAAAGGAUUAGAUGAAGAAUGCGAGUUUCUUAGAAAGCAAAACAUGGAAUUACAGCAUUUGAUGCAGAAGAUGUUGGCACCUAAAAACGAGUUUCUAGGAUGAUAGUUUUCGAUACUCUGGUUGAGUGUAAUUGAUACAUGGUGUUUGUGAUAUAUUUCUAAAUCUUAAAUAUUUUGUACUUACGUUUGCAUAAAUGCAUAUCACUUUGUAAAAUUUUGGCAA